UCUAAAUUUGCCAUUAUUGGGAAAGAGCACACAUUGUUGCUUUCAGUUAGGAGAACCAGAAAAUUCGCAACCUUUGGUGUGUGAAGUUGUAUUGAGGGGAAGAAAUGGCCAAAAUUCCCAUCUUUUUGGUGGGGUUUAUGCUCUUGCAUUGUUGGGUAGCUCUGACAGAGGCAGAGUAUUUGAAAUAUAAAGAUCCAAAACAGCCCCUGAAUGUUAGAAUCAAGGAUCUCAUGAAUAGGAUGACUUUGGAAGAGAAAAUUGGCCAAAUGGUGCAGAUUGAUCGCAGUGUUGCUUCUGCUGAAGUGAUGAAGAAAUAUUAUAUUGGGAGUGUGCUAAGUGGGGGUGGCAGUGUUCCAAAGCCACAGGCUACUCCAGAGGAUUGGGUUGACAUGGUGAAUGAUUUUCAGAAGGGUUCUUUAUCGACUAGGUUGGGAAUUCCUAUGAUAUAUGGGAUUGAUGCUGUUCAUGGCCAUAACAAUGUCUAUAAGGCAACAAUUUUUCCUCACAAUAUUGGGCUAGGAGCUACCAGGGACCCUCAACUAGCGAAGAAGAUUGGAGAAGCCACUGCUCUUGAAGUUAGAGCAACUGGAAUUCCUUAUGUCUUUGCACCUUGCAUAGCGGUAUGUAGAGAUCCAAGGUGGGGAAGAUGUUAUGAAAGUUAUAGUGAAGAUCAUACAGUAGUUCAAAAAAUGACUGAGAUUAUUCCAGGACUGCAAGGUGACAUCCCUGCAAACUCACGAAAGGGUGUUCCAUUUGUUGCUGGAAACAAGAAUGUUGCAGCCUGUGCAAAGCAUUAUGUUGGAGACGGUGGAACCACAAAAGGAAUCGAUGAGAACAACACAGUGAUAAGCCUACAUGGAUUGCUCAGCAUUCACAUGCCAGCCUACUAUAACUCAAUCAUUAAGGGUGUCUCAACUGUCAUGAUCUCUUACUCAAGCUGGAAUGGACAAAAGAUGCAUGCUAAUCAUACUCUAAUCACUGACUUUCUGAAGAACACUCUACAUUUUCGGGGUUUUGUCAUAUCAGAUUGGGAAGGAAUUGAUAGGAUUACUACCCCUCCUCAUGCUAACUACUCAUAUUCCAUUCAUGCUGGAAUCACUGCCGGAAUUGACAUGAUAAUGGUCCCCUAUAACUAUACAGAAUUCAUAGACGGUCUAACCUUACAAGUGAAAAAUAACCUCAUACCCAUGAGCCGAAUUGAUGAUGCCGUGAAGAGAAUUUUGAGGGUUAAAUUUGUUAUGGGUCUUUUUGAGUAUCCAUUGGCAGAUUACAGCCUAGUCCACCAGCUUGGGAGUCAAGAACAUAGAGAAUUGGCUAGGGAAGCUGUGAGGAAAUCAAUGGUCUUGUUAAAGAAUGGUGAAAAUGCUGAUCAGCCACUGCUACCUCUUCCUAAAAAGGCUUCAAAAAUUCUUGUUGCUGGAAGCCAUGCUGAUAAUCUAGGAUAUCAAUGUGGUGGCUGGACUAUUCAAUGGCAAGGUCUUAGUGGCAACAACCUUACUAGUGGUACCACAAUUCUCAGUGCUAUAAAGAACACAGUUGACAAGGAUACCGAGGUGGUCUUUAAGGAGAACCCUGAUUUAGACUAUGUCAAGUCUAAUAAUUUUGAUUAUGCCAUUGUGGUAGUUGGAGAGACUCCAUAUGCUGAAAUGUAUGGCGACAGCAUGAAUUUGACAAUUUCUGCUCCUGGGCCAGUCACCAUAAACAAUGUGUGUGGAGGAGUCAAAUGUGUGGUUGUGAUCAUCUCUGGUCGCCCUGUGGUUAUCCAGCCAUAUGUUGACAUCAUUGAAUCCCUUGUUGCUGCUUGGCUUCCUGGUACUGAAGGAAAUGGUGUGACUGAUGUCUUAUUUGGUGACUAUGGUUUCACUGGCAAGCUUCCAAGAACAUGGUUCAAAACUGUUGAUCAGUUACCAAUGAAUGUUGGAGAUCCUCAUUAUGACCCCCUUUUCCCAUUUGGAUUUGGUCUUACAACCAAACCCCAUAAAGCUAAUUAG